GAGUACAAUAAUUUAAUUUGGUCUCUGUAGUCACACACUAGGCAGUAGCACUCUCUGGCAGAAGCUGAUGCAUGGGGCACAGGACUAUGAAGAGCUCCCUUUUAUUUUUGUCAGAGCUGAUCUCCAACGAACCUACUCUAGUUUUAAUUGGUGUAUUCUUCUCCCUCAGCCACCAGAACCACAACCACUACCUGAACCUCAGCAGCCAGAACCCACACUAGAAGCUCCUCUUGAACCUGCACAAGUGCCACAGCAGCAACCACAGCAGCAGCAACAGCAGCAGCAGCCACAGCAGCAGCAGCCACAGCAGCAACCCCAGCAGGCUGAAGUGAGUGUGGAUGGAAAUCCCCCUGCAUGUUCCAGCGGUGCCCCAGCCAAGUACUUCCCAGCUAAUGUGGAAGAGACAAAUGAAACCACCAUAGAUAAUAAAAUGAAGGCGAAGGUUCAGCGGAGGAGAUUAUCCCCUUCACAUAGAGAGAUGAUUAUCGACCUUGUUUUCAAUGAGAAGAAGACAUCUAGAGAGGUUGCAUGUUACAUGGGUCUGCCUCAAUCAACAGUCAUGUCCGUGGUACAAGUAUUCAAGAAAGAGCACCAUAUACACAAAAAGACAGCCACAGGACGCAAACGCCGACUAACAACUGCACAAGAAUUCCAACUCUUCGAGAUGUCACAGGAGAGAGAUAACAUAUCAGUAGAUGAGAUACGUCGUCGCUUUUUGCAACAGUAUCCUGAAUUUGGUCACAUAUCAAAAACUACAAUAUACAGAACAUUGGAAAGAGGAAAGAAAGGAUUAAUAGGGAUGGACCCUCCACCUGAGCGCUACUUAGAGCCAAUAGAGCGUUACUGGCCCAAGAAGAGAGGGAGACCUCGGCCCGUGUUCCAGAAGGCAGGUGCGGGGUCAGAAUCAUCUUCCAUGAAUAAUGUGCUUGAGCCCAGUGUCAGCAUUAUGGAGGAGAGUGGACCAAUUGAAACGAGUGCUGCCGACAAAGACAUCAGCAGACAACGACGGUCGCUGUCUAUUGCUGAGAGGGAGAUGAUUAUUAGUCUUUUUUUCAAUUUCAUGCACUUAGCGAAGUCUACAGUCUCAUCAGUUGUUCAGGUCUUCAAGAAGGAGCACAGAAUCCAACGUAAGACUUCCACAGGACGAAAGAAAAAGCUGUCCGACGAGCAUGAGCACAUGAUCAUGGAUAUCCUCUCCCAAAAGGAGGAUAUCACAAUAGAAGAAACAAGAAAUAGGUUCCUGUCUUUGAAUCCCGAUGUUCCUAAUAUUAGUAAGAGUACAAUUUACAGAAUAAUGGAGAAUUGUCAGUCAAAGCCUGAGAGCUAG